AAAUCUAACCACUUCGCGGUGUCCUGCCUACUUGUUGAAGUCGGCCAGGAAACGGCGGUCCGCUCGAGUUACCGCUCACCGAUCCCUUAUCCUGCGGUGAGCUGAACCCCCUUUCCCCUCGUUCUCCGGGGCGUGGAGGAGAAUCGGGUCACCGCCCCCCGCACGCCUGCGGCUUUUCUCUCUACCUCGAAGGCGUGUUGUAGGCGAAGCAACCUCGAAGGAAGAAGAGUUCGAGAGGAGCGGCGGCGGAGAUGGUGGGGAUCUUCUCUCGCUUCUCCGGCGGCUGGAGCGGCCACCGGCGGGCGAAGAGCGCGAUCGAGGUUGGGCAAACGGUGGCACCUCUUGCAGAGGUACGAGGUUCUGCAUCUCUUGCUGCUGCCCAUGGAAUUGAAGUAGCAGUUGAAAUGAAGCCAGUUGAGCACCCAAUUGAGCCUCUCAACCAUGACCAACCUGUUAAAUGCCCACUACCAGAACCUUCAAUACUUAAUGAUGGAAGAAUAUGGAAGGAGCGGAUCUCUUCUGCAAAUGCAAGAAUGAGGACUGACUUACCAGUUGUGAAGGAAAGAUCGCAUCUUGAAUCCAAAGCUGGUGGAAUGAAGCCCCACCUCGACCCUCCUAGGCGGGCCAUAUUGCCAUCCAUGAGUGCCCCAGAACAUAAUAUCAUAGCUCUGCUGGAAGAAUGCAGUGCAGCUGAAAACCAGACUGCUGGUGAAUGAGCUUACAAGCGAUAGAACUUGUACUCAUUUCUUCAUGCUUUAUUUUGUUGUCUUUCCUUCUUAUUCUUGAGAUAUAGUUUUAUAUUUCUCCAGUGUUCACUUGAUUAUGAACUGUAUUAUGGUGGAAGAUGAAAACAUUAGAAACUUAUAGCACAGUUGCCUUGUCAAAGUUAUUGAAUAAACGAGUUAUAUAAUCUUUACAUGAUUUGCAUGA